AUGUCCCGGCAAUCGAUAUUCUCGAAUACUAUCCACUUGCGAGACUUUGUAGACAACGUCACAGACGACCCGAGCCGGCAAAACACGCCCAACUACGUGAAGAUCCAAGCCGAAAUCAACAUCUUCGAGGAGGACGGCUUCUAUAGUUUCGCCAUCGACGUCGAACCUAUCCGCGCCCGUAUACAUGCCUACCUGACCCGAGAAAAUCGAAGCCUCUACGUCCCUAAUACCUUCUUCUACGCCGACGGCUGCUUCUCCGCCACCCCGUCUGCCGAUGGUGCCCUGGAAAUUAGAGUCCAAGUCCUCAGUUCGUCUAACCUCUCAAGGCACCCGGGGGUCCCUUCCGACUUUGACGAGUAUCGCCGCCACUUGCCAGAACAGUGGUGCCCGAUGGUGGCUGUCAUCGGCUCUGUGUCGCCUCGCUCCGACAAUCCCUCCGACCCUUCGGAACCCCGCCGCUUCACCCUUGAAACGUCCGUCUACGACACCACAAAGGCUGCCCCGGUUCCCUUCUGGGUCGCCUGCUUCUUGCAAAAUACGAAGCGUUGGGAAAAGGUCAAGAUCCCUGUAGCGGGAGAUUUGCUUAGCAUCACCGCCAAGGUGGCUGACCGCACCACAGACACGAACCAGCUUGCCCUCCGCGUCCUCAAUCUGGCAUACUUGCCA